UUUUCAGAUUUCCGAUUAAGUCUCCUUAAAGGGCCCCAGAUGACGUCGCCGGGGGUUGAAUCGUAGAAGCGGGUUUCCAACCUGCACACAGGGGGAGAAAAAGGAAAACACUGAAAGAGGGAGAGUUAAAAAGUUACUUUUCUGGAAAAAAACCAACAAACGGCAAUGCACUUCCAAACAAAGUUGAUCGUGCGCCUGAAUCUGUGCGCUCCGGUUUUGCGCAGGACGCCGGUGCGCUCCGCCGCAGCGCCGCAGCGAGGACGCGCGUCUGCAGGGACCAGCCAGGGCUUCGGUGUGCAGGGCUGCAGAUAUGCAUCCCACUCCGCCUACGGCAGAGCCUUCGCCGCGGCCAGAGACCAACCCGAGGAAUUCUGGGGGGAGAUGGGACAUAAAAUAGACUGGUUUGAGCCCUGGAGUAAAACUGUGCACGUUGAGGACCCAGUGUUCCCGAGCUGGUUUGUCGGCGGGAAGCUAAACAUGUGCUACAAUACUGUGGACCGUCAUGUAGAGAGCGGCCACGGGGAGCAGCCUGCAAUCAUCUAUGACAGCCCAGUGACUGGAACUAAACAGACUGUCACCUUCAGGGAACUUCAGGACCAGGUUUCCAAGCUCGCAGGGGUUUUUGUGAAGAAUGGGAUCAAGAAAGGAGAUCUGGUCGUCAUCUACAUGCCCAUGGUGCCCCAGGCCAUGUUCACCAUGCUGGCCUGCGCACGCAUCGGAGCUCCGCACAGCCUCAUCUUCGGCGGCUUCGCCUCCAAGGAGCUUUCUGUCCGCAUAGAUCACGCCAAACCCAAACUGUUGGUGACGGCCUCGUUUGGUAUUGAGCCGGGCAGAAGAGUGGAGUACAUUCCUCUGGUGAAAAAGGCCUUGGAGAUGAGCUCUCACAAGCCCUCGAAAGUCCUCAUUUACAACAGACCCAACAUGGAGAAACUGUCAAUGAGUCCAGAGUUGAGUCUGGACUGGGAUGAAGAGAUGGCCACCGCUAAGCCCCACGACUGCGUUCCUUUGCCCUCCAACCAUCCUCUGUACGUUCUCUACACAUCUGGGACCACAGGAACUCCAAAGGGCGUUGUGCGAGAUACUGCGGGGUAUGCCGUUAUGCUGAGAUGGACCAUGUCAAAUAUUUAUGCACUCAAUCCCGGAGAUGUGUGGUGGGCUGCGUCGGAUCUGGGCUGGGUGGUCGGCCAUUCAUACAUCUGCUACGCUCCCCUGCUCCAUGGCAACAGCACGAUUCUCUAUGAGGGCAAACCUGUGGGGACUCCAGAUCCGGGGGCCUUCUUCCGAGUAUUGUCUGAAUAUGGAGCCGCCUCCAUGUUCACGGCACCCACCGCCAUUCGGGCCAUUCGCCAGCAGGACCCCCACGCUGAAGUCGGCCAAAAAUAUCCUCUGUCCAGAUUGCAGUCACUGUUCUUGGCAGGAGAGCGAUGCGAUGUGGAGACCCUGGAAUGGGCAAAAAAGAGCUUUGGCGUUCCUGUGCUGGACCAUUGGUGGCAGACUGAAACGGGCUCGGCCAUUACUUCUUCCUGCCUUGGUUUGGGUAACUCGCCUACGCCACCUGCAGGCACGGCUGGCAAACCGGUUCCAGGUUACAACGUUACCGUGGUGGAUGAUGACAUUCAGGAGGUGAAGCCAAGAACCCUGGGAAAUAUUGUGGUGAGACUGCCUUUACCACCUGGAGCAGGGUUGUCGUUGUGGCAGAACAAGGAUCUGUUCAAGAAGCUCUACUUCGAAAAGUUUCCAGGGUACUAUGACACUAUGGAUGCAGGGUUUCUGGACGAGGAAGGCUUCCUUUACAUCAUGUCCAGAUCUGAUGAUGUCAUCAACGUGGCAGGUCACAGGCUGUCUGCCGGAGCUGUAGAGGAGUCGGUGCUGCUGCACUCCGCGGUGGGAGACUGUGCCGUGGUGGGUCUGGAGGACGGCCUGAAGGGCCACGUCCCUUUGGCUCUUUGUGUACUCAAGAAUGGUGUACAGAAAACGGAAGAGGAGGUCAUAAAGGAGAUCGUGAAGAUGGUGAGAGACACCAUCGGACCGGUGGCUGCCUUUAGGAAUGUGCUUUUUGUCCGGGCGUUGCCGAAGACUCGCUCCGGGAAGAUCCCUCGCUCUUCUCUGGCCAAUUUGAUCAAUGGCAAACCGUACAAGAUCACUCCAACCAUUGAAGACCCAGGGGUGUUCAAAGACAUCGAGAAGCAAGUAGAAGGAGUUCUGAGACCGUAGCCUGAAGUCGUCGGUGGCCGAGGAGACAAAGACCGGACAAUUUAGGACAUCAGUCAUUCUGUUGAUGAGGACAAGAAGGUUCCCUGAAGAGGAGGGACACCUCCGCUGUUUGACCUUACUCCAACUACGGAAACUUAGUACACCCUGAUUUAUUUUUGCUUUUGAAAUAAAACUAACAGCUGGGUUGAUGAAA